AUGAAGAAGAAGAAGAGGACGAAGGAGAAGGAGAAGAAGAAGAAGAAGAUGAUGAUGAUGAAGACGAAGAUGAGGAAGAUGAGGACGAUCUCGGGCAAAUCGACGACCCCCCAGAGCAACGCGCGGGAUCGAUAG